GACGGCGAUGCGUCGGCACGGCCCGCAGGCCGGCGUUGCGUAACGGCGCCGAGCCGCCGCUGCAGCAUCGCAGCGCGCGGAGUAGGGACUGCCUUGGUUCAGCAGAUUGUCCGGUGCAUGGCUGAGAAAGAUCACACCAGCGCAGUUAAGAAUACCCGUUUGCUGUGAGCAAAGUGUCAAGAGGACAACUCUGGGUGGGGACCUUGCUGUUAAGAGCCCAGGAUCACAGGGAACUGCCAGUUCACAUUGUCUUCUAUGGACAGGACAGUUAAAAAGCUAGAGAAGCCACGUGAGGUCCCAUGAAAACCAGAACCAUCUACUUAUAAAGUGCUGUUGCCUCUGACCAAGAACAAAAAUUGUUGUCGGAAUAAUAUGCGAACAGAUCAUGAAGAACUCUGUGGCACCAAUUAUGGAUCUUUUUGUCUAAAUGGAGGGAUUUGUUAUAUGAUUCCUACUGUAUCCAGUCCAUUCUGCAGGUGUAUUGAGAAUUACACAGGAGCUCGUUGUGAGGAAGUUUUGCUGCCCAGCAUCAAAUCCCAAACAAAAGGUGACCUGUUUGCAGCUUUCUUGGCUUCCCUUCUUCUUCUAGGAGUUCUUGUAAUUGGAGCAUUCUACUUCCUUUGCAGGAAAGUUGCCAUUCCACGGACAAGUUCUUCAGAGUGUGGUGCCAACCUAGUUGAAGCUACAAGCAGCAAUGGCUGCAACAUCCCAUGUUUUAUUUUUCAGAAAUAACAACAGCCUAAAGCAUUAGAGUGGAAGAGUGGUGGAGAAACAACAUGCAGAGCAACCCUAAGAAUCUAAAUUGUAGAGGGUGACAUGGUAAGCAAGAAGAGAGAAGAAAGUUGAUUGAAAUAGGAGGCUGAGAAUGUUGGAGAAGACUACAUCUAAGACUUAAACAGUUGCACUUAAUGGAGUUUCUGUGUACUUUUAAAACUGUCAAUUAUACAGAAAUCACUAUAAUUUAUGUUUGAAUUCUGUGAGAUUUUUUAUGGUUUUCAAUAAUGCACAGCUAGAUGCACGAGAUAAUUUUGGGUUUUACUACAUGGAAAAUAAAUAAAAUAUGUUAUUUUUUUCACUGCACAGAGAAUAUGAGAUAUCACAGGAUUUUAGCGUGAGGUGAUACUAUGAAUUUUUGAUUGGGGUUUUUCAUUUUUCAUAGGCUUUCCCCAGAGGAGCUGAAGCCUGUCUUGAUUCAAUCAUUUCAAAAUUGAUAUUUGUGAUACAUGUCCAGAAUUUGGCUUGUUUCAGAUACCCUUACCAGAUGUAGGGGAAAAGCCCCUACCUUUCUCUGUUUUCUUUUAAAUUGUAACAAACAUCAGAGUGAGGUACCAUUGGUAGUUUAUUGCCCAGGUUCUUGACACACUAUUUUAAUUGAAAUUAAAGGGAAAUAUUAAGAAAAUAGAUUGAUAAUGGUUAAAAAAGCUUUUUAGGCAGAGUUUGGUGUACAUUCCUAAUAGUAAGCAAGACAUCUUCCUUGAUGGUUUUUAAUUUUGUCUGGCUUUCUUCUGAAAAUCUCACUACUGAAGGAAAUUCAAACCUUACCUUGAAUGUUCCAGUUGAUAUUUCAGAUAGCAGAAGUCAGGAAUUUUGUUCAUCAGGUCAAUUUCUGACACUGAAUAUUAUCAAGACAGGUAUCUUGGCUGAAAAAAAUGCUGCCCUCUCCAAAGAUUUAUUUCUUUUAUUCACAUAAGCAUCAGGAUUGUAUUAAAGGGAAGAUUAGCUGAGAAAAUUCAUUUAUUGAAAGGAAGAAAAUUCAGAACAGAGAUUUCUUUUGUCCAAAAGAAACAGUCUGAAGGUGUAUAAAAACAUAGAUGCAGAGAAAACAUUGAAUAAGCUUCUAUUUCUAGGAUGUCUACUACAUGCUCUGGUGUCAGAAAAAGCAGUGUGUACUUUGUGUCAGUGGAGACAAAAGCCCAGUGGGAGGGGGAAGAGGAGGCACGUGGGUACAGUGCAUAAGGUGAGAAGUCAAAGAGAAAUCACAUCACAGUGGCUACUAGAACACAAACCAGAAUGUUUUAUUACCUUCUGAAAACUUCUGGCAGAGAGGUCAGAGUCCAAGUUAGAGCUCAGCAUGUGAAAGGAGAAUCUGAGGACACCAAAUCAGGUAGAGGACUUGAUCCAGAGACUAAGUUAUAUAAAGCACUAGAAGAUCACUUUCUCCCCAGAUUAGCCAAUCAUACAUGUUAUUUUCUGGACUUCAAAUCUUUAGCAGAUAAGCUGAAAAGCUGAUAAUAUUGUUUUAAAGGCUAGGAAAGAUAGAAGUUAUUUUUUGUCACAUAGGGACAGGCCACUGUUGUACAGAGUUAAGAGAUGUGUAGCAGUACUGACAGCUACACAGAAUCAGCGUCACCUGAAGUGACUUUGCCCAGCCUCGGUGAAAAUGAAUCAGAGAUGACACCUGGUAGAUCACUUUGCUGUGUUAUUGAUCAUAAAACAGUCAGGCUCACAGCUUGGUAUACUGCCUCCACUGAAGAAGGAAAAGGCUUGCAGUCAUUCAAGUGGCAAUUCAGGAAGGAGAUACUAAUAGAAGAUACAAGAAAUAAAUGGACUGAAGUUAUUCUGUAUAAGCUCUCAGCUUUCUAGACAGACAUGGAAUAAUCAUUGUUACUGAGCUUAUUUGCAUUAUUUGAGAAACAAUCUGUAUAAAAAGUGGGGCUGAAUAAACUGACCCCAUGUUUAAAUGAGAACAAGCUGAUUUAUAAAUCACUGUUACCUGUGAAGGAAAUGCUAUUAACGAUUCAGACACCUCAAACCCAUUGCAUCUGAGAACAUUUCAGCUUCUAAAAUGAUUUCAGUUCACAAACUUUGUGACUAUGACGUUCAAAUCAAAAUGGCAUCAGGCUACAAAUUCAUUUUUAAGGUGGUCAAAUGUCACAGAAAGUACAGUGUAGCCAACAUUAUAUAUCAUUUAAUAAAAUAGUGCAACACUCUUUAGCAAUGAUUGCUUACAAAAUUAAUGAAGUAGUCCUGUGAGCAAUUAAGGAAACUCCAGAUCCAAUGGAUCAGAUCUCGUGGUUGGAGUCACUGGAGUCUUAAAAAUCAUUACACGGUUAUGAAAGGGUGAGUAAUAAGGGCUCUCUCUGGUCUGUUUGACUCCUAUUUUCAUGAAACACAAGAUCUCAUAUCUUUGAAAUUACCUCUCCACCAGCUGAAAGGUUAUGUAGGGAAGAAACUGGAAAACACUAAUUUCCUAAGAAACUCCAGUACAAUGAUUAGAUAACAAUCUAUUAGAGUGUUAUGGCAAAAAUUCUUUGAUGCCUGGGGAUCAUGUUAUCCUGCCAGAACCUUGUAGUAAAAGUCUCUUCAUAAUAUAUCACAAAAACCUUUUGAUCAUUUGCAGAACUGACAGCCAUUAGCAGGAAAUCUCUUUAUAGACCUAUAAAUAAGAGGUUGCUUAUAUGUUACUCAGUAUAGAAUUUUUUUCAUUAGCAGCCCAAACAAACACUGGAGCAAAGUACAGUUAAAUUAACAGGUCAAAUGGCUUUUCAAAGAAAAGAAGGAUUUCUCUGUGCUGCAUAGUCUUUUGAGCAGAAAAACCAACAGAAGUCCAUUUGGUAGCACUCCCUAUUUUAAAGAUAACUUCAAUGUUGUGCAACUCCUUCAAAAUUUGCUGCACUAAAAGAAAACAUUUUCCUUCUGGCUCUGAAUUUUUGAAGAAAUUUAAAAUUGGAAAGCCAAGAAGAAAUGGAGGAUAGAACUUCUCACAGCAGAAAUGGUCAUUAUUCUAAAUUACCUGCUUAUGCUUAUCCAAGUCUGUUCUUGCUCUCCUGGCAACUGUAGCCUGUUCAACAUAAUCUGUAUGUAAGGCAAGAGAUCCAUUUCAUGAUAGCAGAGCAGGCAAUACAAACCCUGUGAAAUACCAAUGAAAUACCAACUGCUGCUCAGUUCCAUCUUUGACACUGAUCCUCUUAAACCUUUCGGCAGGAACCCUUUCUAGAGCUGCAGAACCUGAAAUGACAGAGGAUACUGCUGGUUUUGGUCCCCAGAUUAAAGCCACAACCAAUUUUUAACACUUUUUAAUGCACUUCUAUGUCAGUUUCUGUACCAUUUAAAAACUUUUUCUAGUGCACAUUAAAAGAGACUGUUUUCAAAUUUUCCUCUCAAUGCAAGUAAUACUUCAUCUAAACUUCUGUGUAGGCAAACAAUGGACUGCAAAAAUCUGGGUGAGCUUCCACUGGUGACAUUUUUUAAGAGGACUGGAUCACUUCAAUCUAUGUUGUACAUUCUCCAUCACAGAGUUUGCUGCCAUUCAGGUAUUUUCACCAGUUCUGAAGAUUCCAGGAGUUGCUCUUUUGAGAGGAUUAUUGUUUGCCGUCACCGUUGCCAUAUUGACAACUCAGCUAAGAUGCAUUUAAUUCAAAAAAAGCUGUUUCUAACUCUCAUAGCUGUGAAAAUUUAUCAUGGAAUGGUGACAUGACCUGCCACUGACUCAGUGACGUGAAUCUUGAAACAUUUAUUUUCAGAAUUUUGUGCUACCUGCUCAGGGAAGAUAUACCUGUGAGAUGUAAUGAUGACAAUUUAUAUAUUGUAUUUCAAAAGUAUUUAGAAGCACAAAUCUCAAUGAUUUGGGAAUAAUUUUUUUUCACCUAAGUUAUGAAAGCACUUGGAAAAAAAAAAUCUAAUUAGCUAUUUCUCUGCUGAUAAUUCUAAUGUAAGUAUCCAGGUGAUAUCACUUCCAAAUAAUCCAAGCCUCUGUCAGGCAUUUCCUUUGAGUUUCCAAUUUCUCACUGUAUGUUCUCUUUAGAGGAAUACCCCACACUGUCCUGAAGUGCUGGUAGCCAUGGAAUAAUGAAUUAAAAGACCCUACAAUAUUUAAACUUCUAUUUGUUUGACCUAAAAUAGGACCAAUGCACACCAGCAGCAGAAGUAAGCUUGGUUUACCUCACUGCUCACCUUGGAGCCUACAGUUCAGAACCCCUCAAGGCUAAUCUGAAGUCCUGCUGAAACAGCCUCUCCUGAAGCUGCCUGAGAAAUGGGCUUAGCAACAGGGAAAACUGCAGAUGAUAAUUAGACUCAAACAACUGUGUUACCUGCAUUUGUCUGCAGAACAUACAACUGCUCUAUUAAGAUUAAAUGGAUUUUAGAGAUACACCAGAGAUUCAUAAAGUAAAAAAAAAUUCUUCGCCACCAUGAAAUCAUGAAAAAUAAUCAGACAGUGGAGGAAAUAAUUACUUUCUUAAUGUUUGCAGAGUGCUCAGAAACUCUAGGAGAUCCUAUAAAAGACCACUUAACUGUACACUUAAGAUCUUUGUAACUUCUAACUAUGCAAACUUCUAUACUUCAGAUGUUAUUUUUCUGUAUCAUUCUGUUGAGUAAAACAGAAGCAGAUAUCUGAAUGACAAAAGCUUUUUGCUUGUUCUCUCACAGGGCCAAACACCAGAAAACUUAAUUCCAAUUUCUGAUAUGAAAGCUAAGAACCCCUACCACAGUUACUUCUAGUAGAAAGUUCUCAAUUUUUAGAAAGAAAAAUAGAAACUAAUAGGGGGUAAUGACAGUAAGUUUUGAGGUAAAUUUUUUACAAAAAAUUAAUUCAGAAUCAUAUGUAACUAUUUGUUCUUAAAAGUUUUGCUCCUCUUUAUCAAUUUAUUCUCACUUUAUUACAACUGCAUGUUACAGAAACAUCCUAUAAUGAGGAGAUCUUUGGGUAGUAACUUUAAAAUAAAAGUGAUAGCAGUAAUA